CAGCUGAGGAAGCGUGGAUUUCACAUUAUAGACUCAAGCCCAGGAAAACUGCUCAGAAGCCUCCCUGCAGCUGUCAGGCAGCCACAGAGGAGAGAGCAGCCCGUUCGCUUCCAGCCCAGUCGAAGCUCUCCAUUCCAGCUCUGGCGGCUCCCACUGCAGGUCCGCGUCGUUCCUAGAAAUAUGGACACUGAGCAGAGAAUGCAGCUCUGCAUUGUCCGGCCAGGCAAUCGGCCGAUAUAAGGAGCUUCCACACAUCAGCUGCUGGAAGAGUCACCACUGCUCCCACCAGAACGGACGACUGCAGCUCUUUUGUUUCAAACCAGAGAAAAUGAAAGAAAGAGAAAGCCUCAGCAGACCAGCACCCGCAUGAAAGAGGAGGGUGCCGGGAAGGCAGACAGACAGAUGGACACUGUGGACCCCGUAAAAGCAGGCACAGGAGGCAGCCCACUGGGGAUGUGCGCAUGUUCGAGGGCAUCUUUUUGCGGAAGGGAUGGCAAGCUGAAAGUAUGGUCCACGGGCAUAGCCCUCUCCACAUGGAUGGCCUGACCGAGAAAGAAUGACUGCGAGGACGACAACGUAACUGAACUAGAAGAUGAUUACCAAAGAGCAGUGCUGAGCCCGCGGAGGAAACCAGCCGUUCAGCCCGCAGUUAUCUCCUCCCAUCCCUGUCCCUGUCCCUGUCCCUGGCUGUGUACAACAUGCUGCAGUGGAGGCGGCGACACUGCUGCUGGGCCAAGCGGUCUCUGUUCCGGACCCACCUCAUUGGCGCCCUCUCCCUGGUGCUGCUUUUUGCCAUGUUCUUGUUCUUCAAUCACGACUGGCUACCAGGCCGCGCUGGAUUCAAAGAAAACCCUGUGACCUAUACUUUCCGAGGAUUUCGUUCUACAAAAAGCGAGACAAACCACAGCUCUCUUCGGAACAUUUGGAAAGAAACAGCUCCUCAAACUCUGAGACCACAAACUGCAACCAACUCCAAUAACACAGACCUGUUGCCACAAGGAGUUACAGGGCUGGAGAAUACACUCAGUGCCAACGGAAGCAUCUACAAUGAAAAGGGCACUGGCCAUCCGAACUCUUACCACUUCAAAUAUAUUAUCAAUGAACCUGACAAAUGCCAGGACAAAAGCCCUUUUUUAAUCCUACUCAUAGCAGCAGAACCCGGGCAAACAGAAGCUCGGAGGGCUAUACGGCAAACCUGGGGCAACGAAAGUCUAGCCCCUGGUAUCCAAACCGCACGCAUCUUUUUGUUGGGCCUAAGUGUCAAGCCCCACGGCCACCUUCAACAUGCAAUACUGGAAGAAAGCAGGCAGUACCAUGACAUAAUCCAACAGGAAUAUUUAGACACAUACUAUAACUUGACCAUUAAAACACUGAUGGGUAUGCACUGGGUUGCAACGUACUGCCCACAUGUUCCUUACGUUAUGAAAACUGACAGCGACAUGUUUGUCAACACUGAAUAUUUAAUACAUAAGUUACUGAAGCCAGAUCUGCCUCCCAGACAUAACUAUUUUACCGGUUACCUAAUGAGAGGAUACGCGCCCAACCGAAACAAAGACAGCAAAUGGUACAUGCCACCAGAGCUCUACCCAAGUGAGCGCUACCCUGUCUUCUGCUCUGGGACUGGUUAUGUUUUCUCGGGAGACCUGGCAGAGAAGAUAUUUAAAGUUUCUUUAAGUAUCCGUCGUUUGCACUUGGAGGAUGUAUACGUAGGCAUCUGUCUUGCCAAAUUGAGAAUUGAUCCAGUGCCCCCUCCCAAUGAAUUUGUGUUCAAUCACUGGCGAGUUUCUUAUUCAAGCUGUAAAUACAGCCACCUAAUUACCUCUCAUCAGUUCCAGCCUAGUGAACUGAUAAAAUACUGGAACCAUUUACAACAAAAUAAGCACAACGCUUGUGCCAACGCACUAAAGGAAAAGGCAGGCAGGUAUCGCCACCGUAAACUGCACUAGAAAAGACAACUUUUUUUUUUUCAAAAUGUGCAAUCUGUAAAAUAUUGCUAAAAGCAUGUACAAAAAAAUUAAGAUUGACUAUACCCAUAGGACAAGUUUUAG